UAAACAUGGGGAGUAAACUUCACUCAUUUAAUCCUCAGUUUUAGUCUAGUUCAAAUUGCAAUAGCGGUAUAACGUUAACAGUAUGCAAACUCGAUGUACAACUGUUUUAUUAUGUGAAAAACAGUCUUAUUGACAUCACGUAAGGCAGAAUUGACGUUUUGGCCAAGAUCAGAGACGGAGACCGGGAAAGGGCCCACCGUCUGGUGUUUGUCACCACAGGCACUUGAAGCGUAUCAACUGUGGUGUAAAAUACUCAAGCGGCCAACUUCAACCAUUAUGAAUAGCAUACACUGAACGCUAGUCGCAAACAUCGUCGAGCCAUGACGGGUUCAAUCGGUUUAUAAUGAGAUCAGAUACCUUCUGAAAAGUUGGUCAUGUCAUUCAAUACUCAUCUCAGCGUGUUAUCCAUGUAAGACUAGAGAAAAGUUGAUCACGUCAUUAUAUGCUCAUCUCUGCGUGUUAUCCGUGAGAUAUUAAAGAAAAGGUGGUCACGACAUUAUAUGCUCAUCUCUGCACGUUAUCUGUGAAAGACAAAAGAGAAACUCAUCACAUAAUUAUAUGCUCAUCUGUGCGCGUUAUACGUGAAAGACUAAAGAAAAGGUGGUCACGGCAGUAUAAGCGCAUCUCUGCGUGUUAUCCGUGAGAUAUUAAAGAAAAGGUGGUCACGACAUUAUAUGCUCAUCUCUGCACGUUAUCCGUGAAAGACUAAAGAGAAACUCAUCACAUAAUUAUAUGCUCAUUGGUGCGCGUUAUACGUGAAAGACUAAAGAAAAGGUCGUCACGUCUGUAUAAGCUCAUCUCUGCGCGUUAUCCGUAACAGAUUGAAAGGAAAACUUGUCAUUCGAUGCUCAUCUCAGCCGUACUGUCGGCGCUCACCAUCGCGCUAUUGUGCAUCGUCGACACGGCGGCGCCGAGUCUCAUGUUCCAGCACCUCGUCUACAUCCUGCAGGUCUGCUUCGUCAUGCUGUGCAUCGUCAUGGCACACCACAUCAUCUCCGCGCUGUACGCCGACCACGAGCUGAUUGCCUACCGCCUCACGUCCACGUCGUGAGCCGUCGCCGCCGCCGCCACGCCUCGACCUUCGCGCGAUUUGUCGCAAUCUUUCUGGAGCGGGGUGGAGGGGAGGGUUUCGUCCGCGCGACGGACGACGAUGGUCGAUGGGAUUUGAUCGCACGCAGUGCGUCGUCGUGAGCGCAAUCUUACGCAAGCUUCCGCCAUUUCUCGCGAGGUCGCGAGCGAAGCGGUCAUGUCGGACAUGAGUCACGCGGCGGUGGCGGCGGAUGCCGGCCGGCUCGACCGCUCGCCCGCAAGUGGGUCCUCGGCGGUGGACAGCGCGCUGUCGACGCCCGACAGCCUGCUAGAGGUCGCCUCAGUCGUGUCGUCGCUGUCGGGCGAGGCGUACGGCAAGCAGUACUCGACCGAGAGCAGCCUCUCGUUCGCGUCGGCCGUCGACGAGUUCGACUUCUCACCCGAGCGCGUCGUCAUGGCGACGCUCGACUCGGACGCACCUCACCCGUCUGUCAAGCGGAAACUGGGAGUGGCUGGCCGAGCGUCCGAGGUGGAGGUGGAGGUGGCGCCGUGCGCAGAGGGAGAGGUGGGGGCGCUGCUGUGCAAUGAGGAACAGGCAAGCGCACUGCGGCGUGACAGGGGAGAGGCGAGUGUGCUCCGGUGUGCAGAGGAAGAGGUGCGUGUGCUGCGGCGUGAUGGGGGAGAGGAAUCUAUAAUGGAUGCUGUGAAAGAUUUCUCUAUGUACAUACCAGACUUCAUGGAAAUGAUAAGUAGUCUCCGGCUGGUUGGAUUGCCACCAAAAAUUAAUACAUGUGAUACUUUGCUUGGGGCUGGAGAGAACAUAGAGGUGCAAUUUAUAGCGAAGGCUAUAGCCUCACACAUGCAGACAUUCGGCUGCACAGUCGUUAUAGGACAAAAUGCCCAAACCGUUAAUGAGAUGAUCAACACCCUUGGAAUCUUCCUAUUACCAGAGGAAAGGCAAUGUAGUAGAUAUGUGCUCGAAGACAGUCUUUGGCCUUAUCACCCUAGUCUCUUUCUUCAAGGCCUUCUAAUGGAGCGGCAGGGCGAGACGAACAUCUCAGCGCGUGACGUGCUCUGCAGCCGCUACCCGACGACGGUUGUUGACGUGACGACGAGCGAGGUGAGGCAGUCGCCGCCGCUACACGAGCAUGUGCACCGCCGCUGCGAUGCGCUCGCGCAGGAGAUACACUGCAUCUGGACGGGCAAGCGCGAGGACGAGCUCUACCCUACAGUAGGUGUUUUCCAGCCAGUUGAUUAUCCAGACACUUUGGUGCAGAAUUUUCUUUAUGAGCUUUUCCAACUGAGUGGAAGCAAUGGCGUGAGAGAAACCUACAUACAGAACUUUAUUCGGCUACUAUCACGAAAGGCUCUAGCACUUAUCAAAUACGUCGAGACGCAUACGAACUUCGGUAGGGACCCUCUGAAGACGAGCAUGCGCAAGCUGAAGCACGAUCUCGACCUUGGACAGGAGGGAGACUUCCGGAUCGUGCUGGCGCAGGCGGAGAAGCUAAAGCCGGGAUUUUUCUGCUUCCUGAUCGGGAACAGCAAGCUGUUUGCGGAACCGGUCUACGACAUCUAGGCUGCGAGCGAAACCGCCGCGGCACGUUCCCGAAGUUGCCGGCUGUCCUCGAACGGCUCUCCUUGACCGAUGGUGAUUUUUAGCUAUCGGUUUCUUCCACGCAUCUUUAUUUUCUUGUGUGUUUUUGCAUCCCGCGUGGAUCCUCGGCCGCUCGACUGUCGUCGUCGUCGUUCGGGCGCGUCGUAACAGCAAGAUUUUCAUCUGUGAUUUUUUCUAGCGAGUUAUCUACUUUUUUUUAUCUUGAAACGUGAAACCAUUUGUUGCUCAAGCGUAAUCUCGCACGACAGAGACGGCCCAGGGUGUAUCUCAGACCUUACAGACGUCCGCAAAAAACUGCUAUUAUUAUAGCUGUGUAUUCUCCGCUAGCACACCUGAAUACCUCCCGACCCACUGCAUCCUUCAACCUCCGAAACGUCCAGCAUGUAUAUCAAUCAAAAUAAUCGCGCAGUGCGUGUAAUGUAACGUUUAUGCGAGAAAAGCUGUGAGUUUGAGUUUGAGUUUGAGUUGUUAGAAUUUAUGUUAUAUGCGUUUUGUUUAUGCUAUGUUAUAACCAGGAAUAGUAAGGCCAGGUAUCGUGUCAAUGUUUGUUUACGUUUAACGCAAAUAAAUACAGUAAUCACUAUUAUCACAGGCACUCGGCUCAUGAAAAUUUUUCUAUGGAAAUUAUAUUUAUUUAGUGUGCAUCAUUUACUAUAUAAUGAGUCGAUCAGAAAACAGAUGUUAAAGAAUGUCGUAUUGUGGCAAACCUUUCCAGAAUGCAACCUUUCCGUUACCUUGGGUAUUACUGUAAUUAGUGAAACGAUGUUAAAAUGAUAAAAUCAGGGAUAUCUUGCAACAUUAUGUAUAUAUACUGUGUAAUGAAUUUGUUAAUGCUACCACAACUCGAGUUUGAAAUAUUGAUGUUUGAUUCUGAUUUCGAGUUAUUGAAGUUAGAUUGACAUUGAUACUGACCGGCCAUAGGAUCUGAAUACGUUUACACAAUGUAUGGAUUGAAAUGAUUUAGUAAUGUCUACUGUAAAAGUGCAAAAUGCAUAUAUUUCCAUGUGAAAUUCACUAUCUCCAUCUCUCUGCGAAUACCAAAUGCUUUCAUUUGUAUUAAAGAAUUAUGAGGUGAAUUGCAUAAUGUCUUCUAAUAAUAACAUAUUAAUUUUUUAGUUUUGUCAAGUCUGCCUGUUGAUAAAUCCUGUGUAACACUAAUGAGACUGGAUGCAUAGAAGUGUAUCUGAUCCAUGAUAGUACUGUGAUAGCUUAUAUUAAGUGAAGAUAAUUUAUGCUGCAAUCUUUUUUAUUUAUAGAUUGUGUUUCACACAAAAUAAAAAUCUAUAGCUUAUGUUCAA